AUAAUAUCAUAUCAAUAUAUAUCUCAGCAUUAGAGAAACCAUGUGAUGAUAUGAACAUCCAAUAGAUUAGGGAGAGUCAAAGAAAUCUUUCGAAGAAACAAAAACGUUUUAGUUUAGAGAUACGCCACAACACAAGUAUCAUCGACAAAACUGUGGUCAUGGAAGAUAAAGUUUAUGCGGUGGACGAGGAGGAUCAAAGCUUCUACUACCUGCCACGUCAAGGUAUAUGGAGAAGAGGGAAUCAGGAUUCUAAGCCGGGAAACAGAAAAGACUGGUGUGCCAUAGGUAAACUAUUAUACUGUUGUGGUACUCGCGGAAGAAUACUGUGGUGUGAGGCAGACAAGUUGGAUUGGAGGGAGGUGAGUGGUUUGGAUGAUAUGCAGUGGCUUUUAUUUGGUUUAAAAGGGCACUACUCUUCUGAGACCGUAAUGCUCGGGUGGAAGCUCCACUGUACUACCGAAAAUGGUUUCAGCAGACUGACCACCAACUCUCGUGGGAACAUUGUCGUCUUCUGGAAGGUGCAUAUCCCUAAAAUUCACAAGGACGAUUUUCCUUGUAUUCGCAAGGUGCAUAUCCCUGGUACUAAGAGGUUGGAGCUUUGGUGUGCGGGGAUUUCCUUGAAGAGAAGCCCCGAAGGCGAGAUUAGGGGGACAAUUGAGUAUGCCGAUCUUGUCUCUGAACUUGAUCCUCUCUCAUAUACCGUUAAGGUUCUUUGCUCCAUCUUCUGUCAUAGGAUUUAUAUACUUCUGAGAACUACUAAUUUAGACAAUAUGUUUCUUCUUGCUAAAUUAUCAGCCAUUUUAUGGAUCUUACAUGCUUUGGAAACUUGUAAUGGUAUUGUUCCAGUGCUGCGGGUAUUAAAUGCUAGAGACUUGUUUUAUGGUCUUUGGAUACCAGAUCUUUUCAUGGAGAGAGUCCAGACUGAUGGACAGUGGUCACUGUUUUGUCCUAAUGAAGCUCCAGGUUUGGCAGAUUGUUGCGGUGCAGAAUUUGAGAAAUUGUAUUCUCAGUAUGAGAAUGUGGGUAAGGCUAAGAAGGUUGUCCAGGCACAGCAGCUUUGGUACGAAAUCUUGACAUCCCAAGUAAAAACAAGAACACCAUACAUGCUUUUCAAGACAUACUACCAUGCACUCAAGUCAUCUUCAGAGAUUGCUACUAAGGAAGGUGCAUAUGAAACUUGCCAAGGAAGUCCUGGAGUUGUGCAACCUGCUACGUGGAGUAUGGAUAAGAAGGAUCUGGAGAGAGAGUUUCACAUGACAGGAGGAGAUGGAAAAACUAGUUAUGCCAGAAACUCUUCCCUCCAGAAGAAAGCAUCUGAUAUGGCAAACCACAUAACACUAGAGACACUUCAACAACUCUACAAAGAGACAAGACCCAAGAGCUUAGGAAUAGCUGAUCUAGGAUGUUCUUCAGGACCAAACACUCUCUCCACCAUUAAAGACUUCAUCAAAACCGUCCAAGUUGCUCACCACCGCGAGAUCCCAAACCAGCCCUUACCAGAAUUCAGCAUCUUCCUUAACGAUCUCCCUGGAAAUGACUUCAACUCCAUAUUCAAGUCAUUAACAGACUUUCACAUAGAGCUCAAGAGAGACAACAACAAUGGUGAUUCCCCUUCAGUUUUCAUUGCAGCUUACCCUGGAUCAUUCUAUGGACGACUCUUCCCUGAAAAAAACAUCCACUUUGUCUAUGCCUCUUAUAGCUUACACUGGCUUUCCAAGGUUCCUGCAGCUUUAUAUGACGAGCAAGGCAAGUCCAUAAACAAAGGUUGUGUUAGUAUCUGCUCCAUGAGCUCUGAAGCUGUUUCCAAAGCUUACUACAGUCAAUUCAAGGAAGAUUUCUCUAUUUUCCUCCGGUGUAGAUCAAAAGAGAUGGUUGCUGCAGGAAGAAUGGUGCUCAUAAUACUCGGAAGAGAAGGUCCUGAUCAUGUCGAUAGAGGAAACUCUUUCUUCUGGGAACUUCUCUCAAGAUCCAUAGCAGAUCUUGUUGCACAGGGAGAGACUGAGGAAGAGAAGCUUGAUUCUUACGAUAUGCAUUUUUAUGCCCCGAGUGCUGAUGAGAUAGAAGGUGAAGUGAACAAAGAAGGGUCUUUUGAAUUAGAGAGGUUAGAGAUGUUAGAAGUGGACAAGGAUAAAGGGAACGAGGGUGAUAUAAGUUAUGGUAUGGCGGUUGCGAAGACGGUAAGAGCAGUUCAAGAAUCAAUGCUUGUUCAAUACUUUGGGGAAAAUAUUCUUGACAAGCUGUUUGAGACAUAUGGUAGAAUGGUUGACGAAGAGUUAGCUAAGGAAGACAUAAGACCCAUCACAUUUGUUCUUGUCCUAAGAAAGAAGCUCUGAAAACAUUGGAACCUAUAUAUGUAGCAAAUAUCUGAAUAUGAAAUAUGCAACCUGAUAAGUCUCGAUUCCUAGCAACCUGAUAAGUAGAAGAAAGCGAUUUGGUUCCGAAUUUUGUUUGAUUACUACAAAAAAAAUUGAGCUUAAAAUGCUCUCUGCACCAUUGCAGAACCAAAUCUUGAAUUGCUCUGUCUUGGUUCUUGUAUACCAAAUUACCAAGUUUACUAGCUUCAGAUCCAGAUACAAUCAAAUUGAGUAAAGAAC